GUCCUUGUGCAUCUACGUGUCUGCAUGCCUGACAGGAUAAAUCCAGCUUCUCCUCCAUUCUCUCUCUCUUUCUCUCUGGCCCGCUCUCACACACACAUACACAGGUGCUGUGCUCUGGCAACCCUCACUCUCACAAACACACAUUCAAAACACACAAACUCAUCACAGGAUCGUAGUUGGUCCACUUUUCUGGUGCUGAGGAACUAGACAUUUUGCCUUCAUGGAGGAUUACCACAAACCUGACCAGCAGACAGUGCAGGCACUGAGGAACAUUGCCAACCGCCUCCGAAUCAACUCCAUCAAGGCAACAACUGCAGCAGGCAGCGGACACCCCACAUCAUGCUGCAGCGUGGCAGAGAUCAUGUCCGUGCUUUACUUCCACACCAUGAAGUACCGCCCUGAAGACCCGAGGAACUUCAACAGUGAUCGCUUCGUCCUGUCCAAGGGUCACGCUGCUCCGGCCCUGUACUCCAUGUGGGUUGAAACGGGCUACCUGAAGGAGAGCGAGCUGCUCAGUUUGUGCCAGGUUGAUUCUGCCCUGGAGGGCCACCCAACCCCCAAGCAGCAAAUUGUGGACGUAGCCACUGGCUCCUUGGGGCAGGGUCUUGGUGUGGCCUGUGGAAUGGCUUACACUGGGAAAUACUUUGACAAGUCCAGCUAUCGUGUGUACUGCCUGCUGGGGGAUGGCGAAAUGUCAGAGGGUGCCGUCUGGGAGGCCAUGUCGUUCGCCUCCCACUACCAGCUUGACAACCUUGUGGCCAUCAUGGACAUCAACCGUCUGGGCCAAACUGACCCAGCACCCCUGCAGCAUCAUGUAGAGAAAUAUCAGAAACGCUGUGAAGCUUUCGGCUGGCAUGCCAUCGUUGUGGAUGGACACAGUGUGGAGGAGCUUUGCAAGGCUCUGAGCCAACCACGUCAUCAGCCCACCGCCAUCAUUGCUAAAACCAUCAAGGGCAAAGGCAUUCCAGCUGCAGAGGAUAAGCUGGGGUGGCAUGCCAAACCUCUGCCCAAAGACAUGGCGGAGAUUGUUAUGAAGGAUCUGCAGAGCCGCAUCAUGAACAGCAGCAAGCACCUGUACCCUCCUGCUCCCAUAGAGGACUCCCCACCGGUCAGCCUGAGGAACAUCAGGAUGCCGAGCGCACCCAGCUACAAGGCUGGCGAAAAGAUUGCAACACGGAAGGCAUAUGGGAUGGCGUUGGCCAAAUUAGGCCGCUACAAUGAACGUGUUGUGGCCCUUGAUGGAGACACUAACAACCUCACCUACUCAGAGAUCUUUAAGAAUGAGCAUCCCAACCGCUUUGUGGAGUGCUACAUCGCUCAGCAGAACAUGGUCAGUGUUGCAAUGGGAUGUGCUGCCCGUGAGAGGAACAUUGUGUUUGCUAGCACUCUUGCUUCCUUUUUCACCCGCGCCUAUGACCAGCUCCGCAUGGCAGCCUUCUCAGACAGCAACAUCAACCUGUGUGGCUCACACUGCGGCCUGUCCACCGGAGAGGAAGGCCCCUCUAUGAUGGGUCUAGAGGACGUGGCUAUGUUCAGGGCCCUUCCCACUGCGACCAUUUUCUAUCCCUGUGACGGUGUGUCUACAGAGAAGGCUGUGGAACUGGCUGCUUCCACAAAGGGUGUUUGCUACAUCCGAACCAGCCGCCAAGACUGCGCCAUCAUCUAUAACAGCAAUGAGGACUUCCAUGUUGGCCAGGCUAAGGUGGUGUACCAGAGCAAAGAGGACCAGGUGACUGUGGUGGCAGCUGGAGUGACUUUGCAUGAGGCCAUGGCUGCAGCUGAACAUUUAAAGAAAGAGAGGAUCUCUGUUAGGGUCAUUGACCCCUUCACAAUCAAACCACUGGAUGUCAAAACUAUCAUCGACCACACGCGUGCCACCAGGGGACGAAUCCUCACUGUGGAAGACCACUACUAUGAAGGUGGCCUUGGGGAGGCAGUGUCCUCAGCAAUGGUCAAUGAGUCUGGCUUCAAUUUGCAUCGUCUGGCUGUGUCCCAUGUCCCCCGCAGUGGCAAACCACAUGAGCUGCUCAAGCUCUAUGGCAUUGAUCGUGACUCCAUCACACAGGCCGUCCGCAAGAUGCUCAGCAGCUCUACCAACGCCAAGUAACUUUAUCGCUGCCCCACCCACCUAUCUGAUCACACCCCUGCAGAUAAAGAUAAACAGUCAAGUGUGUUUUUGAUUCACAUGACAUCCAGCUCUUUAAAUUCCUUCACUGUGAUUGCCCCUGAGUGUGUACUGAAGUAAUGUGAUUUUGUGCUGUACGCUUUGAAGUAGUUCCACAUUACCUUUCUUUCAUGCAUCCAUCACAGCACACACAAGAACAGAGACAAACAAAUGUCCUCACUCCUAAACUCAUUGUCAUAAACCUAGUUCAGUAAUCAAAAUGUGGCCAUAACAGACUAUGGAUGUUCACCAUAUAAAACAAUACAAUAUUACAUGUUCAACAUGAGUAUGUGUGAUGCUCUCAUGUGUUUUUUUAAAAUGCUCUUUGAUUAAUUCAACUGGAAAUGUUUUUUAUAUUGUUCUGAUGUAGCUCUUGGGUGGGGCUUAGUUUUAAAGUAGUUUAUCAUGACAAUAGUGUCAGAAAUAAGCUAACUGAGUUGUUGUUUUUAGAAAGUAGGGGAGAAAAAAAAAUCAAACAAAUGUAGGUCGGUCAUAAACAGCUGUCACUCCAAACAUCAGAUCACACCUUCAGAUCAUUUAAACAUUGUGGUUUCAAAAGUUGUAUAAUUUCUAUUCAGCGCUGUAUUUUUUUGUUAUUGAUUUUGAUGUUACCAUCAACCUACACACCUCAAUGUUCAUUUGUGCUAGCUGUACAUCUGGACCGUACCAGCAAAGUGACGAUGCAUUAUGUCGUCAGUGACUUCAAGAAGGCCCUUCAAGUGCUGAUGGAGAAUGGCUAGCUGUGACCGAUGCUAAAGUUAACCCAAGAACAAACACUUUCUUUGUUACUUGAAAUUUUGUAUGUACCUUACUUUCAUGUAAUAAAGCCCUCUGCAUUUGACUUUGAGUGAUUACAAUA